CAGCAUCAGUGUCGCUAAACGCAUUCAAAAACCAAAACAAAAGAGAGAGAGACGCACUCACCCACCACCAGUACAACCCACACGAGCGGCUCUCGAGUUGCAUGCAAACCCAAACCCACUGACUUCAUUUCUUUAUUAAAUGUUCUCCCCCUGACCUUGAGCCCUCUGCCCCUGCCCUGACCUCAUUUUUCUUUGCUUUUUUAAGUACAUGAAGAAGAGGGCAAGGAAGGGAUGAGAAAAAGUGAAAGAAUUCAAGAAUCGUGUGGGUUCAUCUCAUCUUUUUUUUUUUUUUUCUAUGCUUUUUUCUCUCCCUUUUAAGCAGUGAAAAUAACUAAAAACCCUGCCCUUUUAAACCUUGUUUUCCUUUGAUUCUUCUCUACCCCACACAUUUGAUUACCAAGAGACCAUCUCGCCUCGUCCUCCUAUUUUUUUCUUUCUUCUCCUUUCCGUCUUCUCAAAGGGCUGAGAGAGAUAGCUAGCUUUUAUCUUCUUUGAUCAUCAGUUACCUUUCUUCUUUCUUCUCUUGACAGAUUUUUUUUCUUGGUUUUCUUUUCUGGGUUUAUUUGGUUUUUGUUAACAAUGAGUCCGCAAAAUCUUAAUAAUGAUUUUAACUGCUACACUGGGGUGGUUCAAGAGAUGAACUUUUUGGCUCUUCCUGCUCUUUUUUCUCAUCCUACAGAAAGAUAUACAACAAACUCUCAAAUGGGGUUUCAGAUUUCAAGCUCUUUAAUGGAACAAAGCAAUAAAUGUUUGGGCUUUGAGCCAUUAGAAAGCAGGGGAACUAAGAGAGCUGCUGCUUGUGAUGGAAAAAAUGGAUUUUUGGGUGUUGAAAAAAGGGGACUGUCUUUGAAUUUAGUUGGUGAAAAUGAAAGUAAUAAGAGUUCUGCUUCUGCUGGUGGAAACAAAAAUGAACACACUAAGCUUUGUGCUAGAGGCCAUUGGAGACCUGUUGAAGAUGCUAAGCUAAAGGAGCUUGUGGCCCAAUAUGGUCCUCAAAAUUGGAACUUGAUAGCUGAGCACCUUGAAGGAAGAUCAGGGAAAAGUUGUAGAUUAAGAUGGUUUAACCAGCUGGAUCCAAGAAUUAACAGGAAAGCUUUUACCGAGGAAGAAGAGGAGAGGCUCUUAGCUGCACGUAGGCUGUAUGGUAACAAAUGGGCGAUGAUUGCUAGACUGUUUCCUGGUAGGACUGAUAAUGCAGUAAAGAAUCAUUGGCAUGUGAUCAUGGCUAGGAAACAUAGAGAGCAAUCAAGCAUUUAUAGAAGGAGAAAGCCUUCCUCUUCUGCCUCUCAGGCCCUCCCUAAAGGAUUGGAUGUGACUGCUCAAAACAAUGCUUGCAGUGAUCAAUCAACCAUUUCUAGCAACAUAGAUGAAUCUGCCUCUACUUGCACUGAUCUAUCACUCACUCCCUUAUCAACUAAAGUGCCCCCUGAAUUUGUCACCAGUUUGAGUCCAGUUCACCAAAUGGGUUCAUCGGGUGAAAAAGUUAUGACCAGGGGAAAUGGGGAUUUUGACAAGUUUUAUGGCACUGGCAAUGUAUUUUACCACCAAGGACCAAUGGGAGUUGUUAUGGGUGUAGACCAAUCUGCUCACUCAUCAGAUUCAAACUCAGAAGUUUCAGCAGCUGAGUCAGUGGGCACAAAUAGGACCAACCACUCCAUGUCUGGGGAAAGUGGAAAUGGAAAUGAGAACAUCAACAACAUGCCUUUCAUUGAUUUCCUUGGAGUAGGAGCUUCGUAAUAUACUAUUGGGGGUUUUUGUUUUUGGUUAAAACUAAAGAGAUCCAGCUGAAAACAGAAGGGGGAAAAAAAAAGGGCAAAACUUUUGUUGGGCAAAAUUAGCCAUUAGAAAAGCUCUAUCCAAUGGGCAAAAAUGUGAGCUUCUGCUGUAGGUCUCGUUCAUCAUAGUCUUGUAUGUACAGUUUAGUUCUAUAAAUGAAAAAAAGAGAACUAUAGUUUAAAAAAAAGUAAAGAGACAGAAAUUAAAAAUAAGUAAGAGACAGAAAGACAGAGCUACGCAGUUACGAGUUUAACAAAAUAAUAAAGAAAUCUUCGAACUUUUAUUUGCAGUAGUUUUGGACUUAUCU